CAGACGAAGGAAGAGGAAUAUUUUACCUGAACCAACACAAAAUGGGUCAUUUUAAAGAAGUAGGCAUCAUAGUUAAUUUUAUACGGGGGCACAGAUACCACCACAGAUGCUCUGAAGAAAAUGGAAACGCGAUAUUUACGGUUUAAGUCGAAACUAUGAAAAUGAAGACUGUGGUCACUUUGUUGUUGCUAAUGUGCUGUGUGACUGAUUCAGUGCUGGCUUAUUUAACAGUCAGCGUUGAGCCUCUGCCGCCGGUGGUCAUGGGGGAUACUGUGACUUUAAAAUGCAAUUUCAGGACUGACGGCAACCUGAGAGAAAUCGUGUGGUUUCGGGUAUCAGAUGGUGGUAGUUCUAAGCAGAAGAUCUUCACCUAUGAUGCCAUGUACAACACUAAUUUCUCUCAUAUGGAGGAUUUUCGCAGAAGAGAGGAUCUCGUUUACCAGUCGACUGUUAGGCUCCCUGAAGUUCAGAUGGAAGACAAUGGGCCGUAUGAAUGCCAUGUGGGCAUCUACGACAGAGCAUCCAGAGAGAAGGUGGUCUUAGCAUCUGGAAGCAUAAUGCUUGCUGUUAUGUCACCUCCAAAAUCCAUUUCUGUCACAGCAGCUGACCAACCAAUACGAUUCAAUCACUACGAGGUGCAAAAUUUCACUCUCAUAUGCACAGUGACUGGAGGAAAACCUACUCCUGUGGUGUACUUUAAGAGAGAUAGUGAACUAAUCGAAGUGCUUCCCUCAGCCCAGCCAUCAGAGGCAGUCAAAAGCAGAGGUCUGCAUUCCACCAGACUCAGCAGACCCCUGAUCACCCGAGAGCUUGACGACACCAAGCUGCAAAAGUCACUGUCUCACCUGAAGCCAGACAUCAAGCCGGUGCGGAUGCACGGAGCCCGUCACCAGCACAGCUUCACUCCUCCCGGAGCUCUGGGUCACGACAGUGUGAGUCCUACCACCGAGAUCAUUCCUGAGACGGUGGUGAGCAGGGAGUUUCCACGCUGGGUACCCAGCUCCAGCCCGCUCUACUACUUCAACCACACACAGACUGUGCUCGGUGACGGCACCUCGCAGGUACAGGUUGUGCUCACCUGGCACCUGAACCCACAGCUUGAUAGCGAGGCUCUGUUCAGCUGCGAAGUCAAGCACCCUGCACUGUCCAUGCCCAUGAAGGCUGAGGUCAUCCUCUCUGCUCCAAAGGGACUUAAACUCUCCCUGACCCCAAAAAGAGUAAAAGUGGGAGAUACAGUGCGCAUCAUUGUAGAGGGGUUUCAAAUGGGAGCAACCGGGAAUGAGAUUUUUCCAGAGCCCCUGUUUACAUGGACGCGUUUGGGUGGGCUGCUCCUGGAUGGCAGUGCUGAGAGAGAAGGAAGGGUUCUGGUUCUGGAGAGAGUUCCUGCAGAACUUAACGGCUCCAUGUAUCGCUGCACUGCUGAGAAUCCACUCGGCUCCACCAACACACACAUACGCCUUAUAGUGUUAGAAAAUUCAAGAAUGAAGAAGGGAACGCUACAAUUUAAUGUUGCUGACUCGUGUGGAUCAGGGUUUGGACCAACACUCACUAUGCUUCUGCUGUCAGUUUUCUUUAAGUUUACAUAAAGGGGAGUCGAGCUGGGCAUCUUUUAUUGCCCUGAACUCUUUAGUUCUUCACUUACCUGCUAGUGCUCUCCCUGUUUGUUAAAAUGAAACACAGCUAGAUAGAUUUGGAAGAAGUGACUGUAUGCAGACUGGUGAAGCCAUGACUUUGCUCAUAAAUGAGAAACACAAACUGCAUGUGUAAACUGGUUUGGGCUUGGGGUUGUGAGUGAAAAAUCCAUGUCUACAACCAUUCAGAGUAUCAUAAAAUGUUUAGGAUUUAGGCGUUAAUUACCAGAUCUGACCUGUAGGUGGCAGUGCAGACUUGGAGAAGCCCCUGCAAAGUGCUAUAGUGAAUAGUAAUAAUUUACUGUCUCUGCUCUGAUUACAACAGCCUGGGUGAUACACCUUUUUCACACUCACAUUUUUACAGUGGUAUAUAAACAUGAAUUUAUUUAGUCAAUAAAGACCAAUUGUAACUCCUUUACAUACAUAGCAAUUGCAAAAAAUUACUUUGUAUCUUUUUUCUCUUUUGCGGGGCUGGACAGAAGGCGAUUUAAAUAGUUCCAGUUCUUGUUUGUACAUAGACAGCAACAAAACACGAUUUUAAAAAUAUGAAUCUCUUAAAUUCCAGUUUAGUAAGCACUAAAACUAUUCACCAGACCUUACAAUGUCUAGAUUCUGGGUAGAGUAAAUCAUCCUUGGAGGGCAUAGAAUUAACAACUACUGUAAUCAUGGGGGCUGCAUUGCAGCGUGGGCCUUGCUACAAUUCUUUUAUCAAGUGAUGUUUAUCACUGUUACUUUACCUUUUCUGUUAAUUACACUUAAUCAUUUGGGAACCUAGGAUACAAGAUAUCAGCUGCUAAACAGUUUUUGUUCAUUGUUGUCUGAUCUGGAGUGUUGGCAGGCCAGUCCAGCACACACACUCCGUGUUGUGUCCUGGCAUUGUCUUGCUGAAAUAACCACAGACCUCUUAGAAAAAGACGUUGCCUUUGAAGGCAGAAUAUGAACCUACAAUCUUAAUAUAUGCCUCCGCAUAAAUGGUACCUUGACACAUUUGCAAGUCACCUCUGUUGUGGGCACUAAUGCACCCUCACAUCAUGACAGAUGUUGGCUUUUCCACCUUUUGCUGGAAACAGUCUGGAUUGCCCUGUUUGGCAUGAGAACUUGACUUAUAUUAAUUCUAAAAGCCAAAUAAUCUUUAGAUUCUUUUUUUUACUGCAUUUUACAAAGUGUCCUAAUUGUUUCACCACAGAAGCAGAAAAUAACUCCAGAAAAUUCACCUAAAACACAAAUGUAUCUCGGACGGACAUAAAAUAAAUCAUUGUUUUUUAUUGACUAGUUUAAUCUAACUAGCCUAUUUUGCCUAGAUUGUAUGUGUAAGGAGAAAUUCAGGUACAUGUGUUGUAGUUGCUGAUCCAAGAAACAUUCAAGGUAAAAUAAAUAUGAACACACAUCUGUUUUAAAGAGUGCAGUGUGUUUGCUCAAGUCCAACCACAGGGAACAUUUUAAAAUAUUGUAAAAAGAAAAGAAGCAGGGCGAAACAACAAGUCAAAAAAGUGAACGACAAUGAAUGCAGCUGGUACAGCAAUGUAGAAAGAAUAAAACAUUUAAUCUAAA